AUGAACCCCGGCUUCGACCUGUCCCGCCGGAACCCGCAGGAGGACUUCGAGCUGAUCCAGCGCAUCGGCAGCGGCACCUACGGCGACGUGUACAAGGCACGGAAUGUUAACACCGGUGAAUUGGCAGCAAUUAAAGUAAUAAAGUUGGAACCAGGUGAAGACUUUGCAGUUGUGCAGCAAGAAAUUAUUAUGAUGAAAGACUGUAAACACCCAAAUAUUGUUGCUUAUUUUGGAAGCUAUCUCAGGCGAGAUAAACUUUGGAUAUGCAUGGAGUUUUGUGGAGGGGGCUCUUUACAGGAUAUUUAUCAUGUAACGGGACCUCUGUCAGAAUUGCAAAUUGCAUAUGUUAGCCGAGAAACACUACAGGGACUAUACUAUCUUCACAGUAAAGGAAAAAUGCACAGAGAUAUAAAGGGAGCUAACAUUCUGUUAACGGAUAAUGGUCAUGUGAAAUUAGCUGAUUUUGGAGUAUCUGCACAGAUAACAGCUACCAUUGCCAAACGGAAGUCUUUCAUUGGUACACCCUAUUGGAUGGCUCCAGAAGUCGCAGCCGUUGAGAGGAAAGGGGGGUACAAUCAGCUCUGUGACCUCUGGGCAGUGGGGAUCACCGCCAUCGAACUUGCUGAGCUCCAGCCUCCCAUGUUUGACUUACACCCAAUGAGAGCAUUAUUUCUAAUGACAAAAAGCAACUUUCAGCCUCCUAAACUAAAGGAUAAAUUGAAGUGGUCAAAUAGUUUUCAUCAUUUUGUGAAAAUGGCACUUACCAAAAACCCUAAAAAAAGACCAACAGCUGAAAAGUUAUUACAGCACCCGUUUGUCACACAACCUUUGACACGGUCUUUGGCAAUCGAACUAUUGGAUAAAGUGAAUAAUCCUGAUCAUUCCACUUACCAUGAUUUUGAUGAUGAUGAUCCUGAGCCUCUUGUUGUUGUGCCACAUAGAAUUCCCUCAACAAGUAGAAAUGUGAGAGAAGAAAAGACACGCUCCGAGAUCAACUUUGGCCAAGUAAAAUUUGAUCCACCCUUAAGGAAAGAGACAGAACCACAUCAUGAACUUCCCGACAGUGAUGGUUUUUUGGACAGUUCAGAAGAAAUAUACUACACUGCAAGAUCUAAUCUGGAUCUACAACUGGAAUAUGGACAAGGACACCAAGGUAGUUACUUUUUAGGUACAAACAAGAGUCUUCUGAAGUCUGUUGAAGAAGAAUUACAUCAGCGAGGGCAUGUGGCACAUUUAGAAGAUGAUGAAGGGGAUGAUGAUGAAUCUAAACAUUCAACCAUGAAAGCAAAAGUUCCACCUCCUUUGCCACCAAAGCCUAAGUCCAUAUUCAUACCCCAGGAAAGUCAUUCCACUGAGGAGGAUAAUCAAGGAACAAUCAAGAGAUGUCCCAUGUCAGAGAGCCCAGCUAGACCAUCCCAAGUCCCACCUCGACCACCACCUCCCAGAUUACCUCCACAGAAGCCUGUUGCCUUAGGAAAUGGAGUGGGCUCCUUCCAGUUAAAUGGUGAACGAGAUGGAUCAUUAUAUCAACAACAGAAUGAACAUAGAGGAACAAACCUUUCAAGGAAAGAAAAGAAAGAUGUACCAAAGCCUAUUAGUAACGGUCUACCCCCAACACCUAAAGUGCAUAUGGGUGCUUGUUUUUCAAAGGUUUUUAAUGGCUGUCCCUUGAAAAUUCACUGUGCAACAUCAUGGAUAAACCCCGAUACCAGAGAUCAGUACUUGAUAUUCGGUGCCGAAGAAGGGAUUUAUACCUUGAAUCUUAAUGAACUUCAUGAAACAUCAAUGGAACAGCUAUUUCCCCGAAGGUGUACAUGGUUGUAUGUAAUGAACAACUGCUUACUAUCAAUAUCUGGUAAAGCGUCUCAGCUUUAUUCCCAUAAUUUACCAGGGCUUUUCGAUUAUGCAAGACAAAUGCAAAAGUUGCCUGUUUCUAUUCCAGCACACAAACUCCCUGACAGAAUACUGCCAAGGAAAUUUGCUGUAUCAGCAAAAAUCCCUGAAACCAAGUGGUGUCAGAAGUGCUGUGUUGUGAGAAACCCGUACACAGGCCAUAAAUACCUAUGCGGGGCGCUUCAGACCAGCAUUAUUCUAUUGGAAUGGGUUGAACCAAUGCAGAAAUUCAUGUCAAUUAAGCACAUAGAUUUUCCUAUACCCUGUCCACUUAGGAUGUUUGAAAUGCUGGUAGUUCCUGAACAGGAGUACCCACUAGUUUGUGUUGGUGUCAGCAAAGGGAGAGACUUCAACCAGGUGGUUCGGUUUGAAACAGUCAAUCCAAAUUCUACCUCUUCGUGGUUUACAGAAUCAGAUACUCCACAGACAAGUGUUAGUCACGUAACCCAACUGGAGAGAGAUACCAUUCUUGUGUGCAUGGACUGUUGUAUAAAAAUAGUAAAUCUCCAAGGAAGAUUAAAAUCUAGCAGAAAAUUAUCAUCAGAACUCACCUUUGAUUUCCAGAUUGAAUCAAUAGUUUGCCUACAAGACAGUGUGCUAGCUUUCUGGAAACACGGAAUGCAAGGUAGAAGUUUUAGAUCUAAUGAGGUAACACAAGAAAUUUCAGAUAGCACAAGGAUUUUCAGACUGCUUGGAUCUGACAGGGUCGUGGUUUUGGAAAGUAGGCCAACUGAUAACCCCACAGCAAAUAGCAAUUUAUACAUCCUGGCGGGACAUGAAAACAGUUACUGA